AGGAGGAGGGUGAGCAAUAUGGCGGCGGUGGGUCGGUGCUGGGGGCUGUGAGCUGUCUCUCUUUCCCCCUCCCCACCGUCGAUGAGCGGGUCCCCCCCCCCGCGGGGAGGGGGGGUAUGCUGGUGUCGGUUGUGAAGAUGUCAUGGUUUUUCCCGUGGUCGAGCUCCAUCAAGAAGCGGGCGUGUCGUUACCUGCUGCAGCAUUACCUGGGCCACCUGCUGGAGGAGAGGCUGACCCUGGAGCAGCUCAGCCUGGACCUCUACAACGGCAGCGGCAGCCUCUCCCGGGUCCAGCUGGACGUCUGGUCUCUCAAUGAAUUCCUGGACUCGUUGGGGGCGCCGCUGGAGGUGACAGACGGCUUCAUCAGCAGCAUCUCGGUGACCAUCCCCUGGUCGGCCCUGAUUACGGAGAACUGCACCGUGGAGGUGACAGGCCUGCAGGUGACAUGCAGGCCCAAGUAUCACUUCGUCCCAGGGACCGAGUCUCCCAGUUGGUCAUCGUGUAUGACCACCAGCAUGCAACUCGCCAAGGAGUGCCUGAAGGAGCAGGCCGAAGAGCCGGAGGAACCCACGCAGCCACUCGAGGGCCUCGAGAUGUUCGCGCAGACCAUCGAAACCGUGCUCCGGAGGAUAAAAGUAACAUUCCUUGACACCAUCGUUCGAGUGGAACACACUCCAGAUGGAUCCAGGACAGGCACUGCUCUGGAGGUGCACAUUAAAAGGUUGGAGUACUGCGAUGAAGCUGUGAAGGACUCUGGCAGCGUCUCCAAGAGGGACCCCAUCCCCAUCGAUAUCCACCAGCCCCCGGCGUUCGUCCACAAGGUGCUGCAGUUUUCUGGGGUGUCGUUGCACUAUGAGGAAAUCCCCGAGCAAUCCGGGGAGCCCCAGACCUCACCGCCCGGACUGCAGCAGCAAGCCGACCCGCCUGCGGCAUCGCAUUCUUUCCCCGAAGCCAGCAGCAGGACUGCAGAGGGACGCGCCCCAUCGCCGCUGGUGCAGAUCGGCAGUUGUACGGGGUGCCUGGAGCUGACCGUGAAGUUCAAGCAGAACGAUGCACUGCCCGGACCGAAGUUGGCAAUAGAUGGGAAGAUGGGGUCGCUGCACCUGUUCCUGAACCCCCAACAGGUCUCCAACCUGGCUGACUUACUCAGCACACUCAACCUCACAGACUACGUGUGUGUGCUGGACGUGGACCUGCUGGAGCUGGUGAUCACCACCUGGAAAGGAGACUCUGGUGGAAAGCUGGCCCAGCCGCUGUUCGAGCUGCGGUGCUCCAACAACGUGGUGCACGUCCACACCUGCGCUGACUCGUGUGCCACCCUGGUGAACCUGGUGCAGUACGUGGUGAACAGCGGUGACCUCCACCCCCCGCCCAAGCAGGACAGCCCGACUGAGAUCGCCGGGCAGAGGCUGCAGCUCCCGGAGCCUGCUACCACACUGCCACCGCGCCUCCCGGCAGAGACAGCCGAGAUUAACCAGGGGGAUCUGACUGAUGCUCUCAUUGACACAGAGCGGAACCGCCGAGACUCGGAUGGAGCAGCAGGAAUGCCGUUGCUCCGGCAGGACUCUCCCGUGUCCGUCUACCUCUUCCCUGGCGAGAAUAAUCAGGAGAGGCCUCCAUCCCAGGGCCCGCCGUGCCUCGACAGGAUGGACGUGUAUCCCUGUGAGGGGAGUGAGGCAGGGAGCGACUCCACCGACAAUGAUGACUUCUGCAUCUUGGAUGCCCCGGGCAUGGGAAUCCCGCCCAAAGACGGUGAGCCGGUGGUCUCCAAGCUGACGGACGACAGCAUCACCAUCCGGGACGGCUACUUUGCCCGGCCCAUCGGGAGCACCGACCUGCUGAAGGCGCCGGCCAGGUUCCCCGUCCCCGACACCCGCCUCAUGCUGCGCGAGAUCUCCGUCGUCUGGCACCUCUACGGGGGCAAGGACUUCAGCCCCCUCCGCCCCUCCUCUGGGCACGGGCAUUCUCCGAGGAUCAGACCGGUGGCUGUCAGUGCCAGGGGUUCACCAUCCCGCUCAGCCUUCCCAAACCGGCCACAGAACACGUGGAGGACGCUGGGGGGCUCCGGCCGCAACCACGACGUCCUGAUGGAGAUCCAGCUCACCAAGGUGAGUUUCCAGCAUGAGACCUACCCUGCGCCCGCCGCUGUGCCUGAGAAAGGUCCAACUGAGCCAGAGCUGGAGGAGCAGCCCAUCUCCCGGCAGGUCUUCAUUGUGCAGGAGCUGGAGAUCCGCGAUCGCUUAGCCACCUCGCAGAUCAACAAGUUCCUUUACCUCUACACCAGCGAGAAGAUGCCUCGGAGAGCCCACUCCAACAUGCUGACAAUCAAGGCCCUGCACAUGCGCCCCGAGUCCGGACUCGGUGGUCCGGAAUGCUGCCUCCGAGUCUCCCUCAUGCCGUUACGCCUCAACAUUGACCAGGAUGCCUUAUUCUUCCUGAAGGAUUUCUUCACGAGCUUUGCGACCGGGAUCAAUCCCGUUGUUCCUGUUGAAACAGCGACGGAAGCCAAGCCCGAGGCCAGCCAGAGAGUGAGUGGAGCCCCAGAGUCCGAAUCCACCGGCCGGGACUCUGAGCCCGGUCAGUGUCUGCCUGAGAUGACCGCCUCGAUGGAGACGACCUUCAGCGAGCAGAGCUCCUCGUCCACUGCCUCCUCGUCCUCCGAGCAGCCAAUCUAUUUCAGGGAAUUCCGAUUUACCUCAGAAGUACCAAUCUGGUUGGACUAUCAUGGAAAGCAUGUAACCAUGGAUCAAGGUACAUUCGCUGGGAUACUCAUAGGACUUGCCCAGCUCAACUGCUCCGAACUGAAGCUGAAGAGACUGUGCUGUAGACAUGGUCUGCUCGGGGUGGACAAGGUGAUCAACUACGCCCUGACCGAGUGGCUGAACGACAUCCGGAAAAACCAGCUGCCGGGAAUCCUCGGAGGCGUGGGCCCCAUGCAUUCAGUGGUGCAGCUGUUUCACGGCCUCAGGGAUCUCUUCUGGCUGCCCAUCGAACAGUAUCGGAAAGACGGGCGGAUUAUCCGGGGCCUACAGCGAGGGGCAGCAUCCUUUGGCACCUCCACCGCCUCCGCAGCUUUGGAGCUGAGCAACAGACUGGUGCAGGCCAUCCAGGCCACUGCUGAGACCGUGUACGACAUCCUGUCGCCGACGCCUCCCAUCACCAAGGCGACCGUGGACAAGAGGUACCUGAGGAAGUACAAGAGGGUACAGCAGCCUGCCGACCUACGUGAGGGAGUUGCCAAAGCCUACGACACAGUCCGAGAGGGGGUCAUCGACACAGCCCAGACCAUCUGUGAGGUGGCGACCCGGGGUCACGAGCAGAAGGGCAUCACGGGGGCGGUGGGCGGGGUCCUGAGGCAGAUCCCGCCCACCGUGGUCAAGCCGCUCAUCGUGGCCACUGAGGCCACCUCGAACCUCCUGGGGGGCAUGCGCAACCAGAUCAAGCCGGACGCUCGGAAGGAGGACAGCCUGAAGUGGCGCACCGACGAGGGCCAGGAGUAGGCCUCUGCCCAGCACCCACCCCCCCUCCAUCCCCCCAACUCCCCCUCGCUCUGUCUCCCCUCGGAGUCGCCUGGUUCCAGGAACGGCGGGCGGGUGCAGGAGGUGAGACCGACGCGGGCACACAGAGAGAGAGAGGCCCACUCGUCGUCCAAGAGGUGAUGGGGGAGCUGGGGGCGUGAGGGUGGGGAAGGUAUCCUCCCCACCGUCUCUGUGAGCCCGUACCCCGAAAGGCUCACAUUGUUGGUGGGGGGAGAGGUUGAAGACUGUUCGACUCAGACCCCCUUCCGGCACUCUCCCCAUCGCCACCGGCCUUGGUGCAGCGGCCUCAGAAGGUGGGAUCGCUCACUCGAUUUGGAAGGGACUUUGGGACUGGCGUGGCCCGGAUUGUACCCACACCCCACACCCCAGCCUACCUCCUGUCUCACCGCUCUCCCCUGUGCAGACACACACACACACACACACACACACACACACACACACACCCCCCUACACAUACAGGCACACAAAUCUAUACAGAAGGCAAAGUGUGCAAAGGUCUCCCCGUCUCUCUCUUUCCUCUCUUCUCUUUCUCUGUUUUCUCUCACUGUAUUUGCUCUCUCUUUUCUGUCUUCUCUCUCUCUCUCCCUCUUUUCUUUCUCUUUUCUGUCUUCUCUCUCUUUCUUUUCUCUUCCUCCCUCUCUCUCUCUUUUCUGUCUCCUCUCUCUCUCCCCCCCCGUCGCGCUCUCUCUCCCCCCCCGUCGCGCUCUCUCUCCCCCCCCCGUCGCGCUCUCUCUCCCCCCCCCGUCGCGCUCUCUCUCCCCCCCCCGUCGCGCUCUCUCUC